AUGGGCUGGGUAGGCGUGGUAACAUUGGUUGCAACCACCGCAUACAUUCUUUAUCGCUAUCCUCCUCGAACCUGGAACUCUCCUUUUCUCCCGACUCCGGACUCCAAGCCCGACGCUCAGUCUCCUUCAUCCGAAUCUGAACCGAACAACCGCCCCGCGGCCCCUCCAUCCUUUGAGAUACAGACAGAAAGCCCGCAAACUACUCCCAAGGCAUCAACAUCAGAGCCUCCUACACCGGUCCUUACUGUACCUACACUGAACCUCCAAGACUCCGACAUCCGUGUCGCGAUCGAGCCACCCGCUCAACCUAGCAUGAAUGGAUCAACACCGCAGGUAGCGUCACUCGGUCGCAAUGAAACAGAGACAAAGCAACAGCCAUCUCUCGCUCCACCUACCUUAAAGCCCAUUCCAAAUACUUCAUCUCUGAUGCCUCCGCCUCCACCCCCUGGCCUGCGCCCCCUUAUCCUCGAGCCAGGAUACUCGCCUCUUGACUGGGCUGCACUCGCCGCGAAACCUAACAACCAGCUCCGAGGCAAGGAUGUCCCGCCCGGAUACCUGCGGAUUACGCCUUCUAUGCUGAAAAUGCAGAAUGGGCGGAAGGGUCGCGAUGCGUGGACUUCGUAUCAGGGCAAGGUGUAUAAUAUUAGUCCCUAUGUUCCGUAUCACCCCGGUGGAAAAGGUGAACUUUUGCGGGGAGCAGGGAAAGACUCGGCGAAGUUGUUUCAGGAGGUUCAUCCUUGGGUCAAUUGGGAUGGCAUUCUGAGUGAGUGUUUGGUUGGAAUUUUGGUAUCUGAGAAUGAUCCCCAGGCUGAGAAUGCUUUGGAUGCGAUGGAUUGA